GCGAGGGGGCAGCAGCGCUUGGACUUCAGCUUUGCUGGUGGGAAACACGGGACCACAGAUACAAUCGAAGGGUAACAAAGAUCAAAUACCCAAGCGAAACAUGUCAAACUUGAUCGCUAUGCAACAGAUUGAUGGUAGCCCAGGAUGCAAGCAAUGUGGCAAAGCGCCGGGUCCGAUGUUUUGGUUCUGGUCCAGCCGCCUACAACCAACCAAGCUAGAAAAGCAACAAAAGACAAGCAUGCAGUCAAUGGGAAUCCCACCAUAGAGCCUUUUCCAGGCGGCAUGGACACCAUCAUGUUUGGCAUGGGCUGUUUCUGGGGAGCGGAGAAACUUUUCUGGAAGCUUUCAAAAGUCUUCUCCACUCAGGUGGGCUACGCUGGAGGCUUCACACCAAACCCCUCUUACGAUGAAGUCCGCACAGGUCUGACCGGGCACACCGAGGUGGUGAGGGUGGUCUUCUCCCCAGAAGCCAUCAGCCUUGAGGAUCUGCUCAAAAACUUCUGGGAGAACCAUGAUCCUACACAAGGUAUGAAGCAGCACAAUGACCGUGGUACCCAGUAUCGUUCAGCCAUCUACACAUCCAGCCCUGCUCAACAGGAGCUGGCGCUGAAGUCUAAAGAGGCCUUUCAGCAGGAUCUGAAUAAGAAAGACUACGGCCCCAUCACUACGGAGAUCCUGGAGGGGCAGCAGUUUUACUACGCUGAGGACUAUCACCAGCAGUACCUGAAGAAGGUACCCAAAGGUUACUGCAGCCUCAAAGGAACCGGCGUCUCCUGCACCACGAUCCCUGCAAAGGAUGAACUGUGAGGGGUCUGCGGUGAGAUAGGGAGGGGGCAAAAAAAGGGAAUUUAUAACGGCUCUUUAUCUUUCUUACUCUUUUUUUCUAAAGAAACUUGAAUCACAUGCAGUUUUUAUUUUUAUAAAUCAAAGCAGAUAUCCUUCCUUAGCCUUAGAGAUCACUACUGUACCAACAUUGUCUCUUUAUAAAUCAUCUGUUCAACAAUAAGUGCUUUAUAUGAACACUGGAAAAACAGAAUCUUUAAAGAUAAGAAGAAAGAUGAAAUGGGCUGCAUCCAAAUUGCCAAGUACCUACUCAAUCUGUCAGUAGGCAGUACCUACUAUCUACUAUAACUAGCUGUAUACUGUUUAGUAUCUACUAAUCAGUAGGCAGAUAUUUGUUCCUACUUCAUCUGAUUCAUUCAGUAUGGAAGUGGCGUCAUUUAUGUUACCCGAACCAUCUGCAUUCACUCGUUUUUUUUUGUUUAGCUUUAUUCAAGAAGAGCAAUGCGCAUAAACAGUCAGGUAAAUAAAAAACAAUAUCACAAGUAAAAACAGAUUAAAUAACUAAAUCACAUACAGUACAUAAAGGAAAGUACAAAUGAAAGACAGUAAUAUACAGAAUAUAAAAUAAACCAAUAAAGACACAUUUAAAUAGUGAAAUCAUUAUUUAAAUAGAGGGGGAAAGGUUUUAUAAUAAUGCAGACAUUUGUUAGAUUUUCUGUUGUUAAUUAAAAGUAGUGAUUUCAGUCGGGACUUUAAAUGAAGAUUAAAUUAAUCCACGCUCGUUUGUUUUGAUUUGGAGGCGCACGUGAAGUGACGAUUUACGUUUAACUCUGCACAGCAUUGUGGGUGGUAAAAUACAAUUAAUUUCCUGAAAGCACGCAUCCGAUCCAUACUGCAUAAAACCCGGAAGUUAGUAUCCAUACUGAAAUGUUCAGUAUACUGAGGUGGACCCAAAAAAAUGACUAUUGAAUGACCAGGAAAGUUCAGUAUACUGAAACUCCCUACUGAAAAGUACUGCCUACUGAACUGUGGCUAUUCGGAAAGGGGCCACGGUUGGUUUGAUGAAACUUUGUCACAGCAGUGCAGCGGCCUGUUGGACUGCAGUGACACUUAGCCGCCACAAGGGGGUGAUGUUUCCCCAAAAUCAAACAUCAGCUCAAGCUGUUUUGUAUUUCUUCCCUUUUUAGUGAGACAUUUUUAAGCCAAGAAACCCUAUAAGUGUUUAUCUUAUGAAGUUGGUUGACUCCAAGAACAUCAGCCGACCUUAUUAAUACGACCAUCCUAAAUCCAGAACAAUGUUACCUCUUGACUGUUAAUGCCUCAGAAAGUUUAAAUGAAUAGUUCUGUGAAGUACAAACACAAAGAGACCAGCUUCAAUCUAUGCAACCUUUUGAUUCAUUUUAGUGGGAAUAAAGUUUAUGAAUGAAUUCUCUUUGAUCAUAAUGCACUGUACUCUACCUUUUUACUGUCUCUCACUCAUUAUUAAAACAAACCUUUUAAAAUAUUUA